ACGUUCAGGGUCAGGAGGACAGGAGGAGUGUUCUGGGAUUGGAGCUGGAUAAAGACCACCAUGCUUUGUUCGUAGCCUUCAGCAGCUGUGUCAUCAGAGUGCCGCUCAGCCGCUGCACGCAGCACGCCGCCUGUAAGAGAGCCUGCCUUGCCUCCCGUGACCCAUACUGCAUCUGGCUGCGGACUGGGAGUUGUGCCAACAUGGCGCCAGGUUUCAAGGCCGGGUUUGAACAGGACAUCGAGGGCGACCACUCGCUUCACCCCGACAGCUGCCGCGCUGAUGUGUUGGCGACCACACGGAACCAGGAGUCCGCUGCCGCCGCUGACUCCGCCUACGGUCGUCUUCCGGAGAUGGACCAGCGUGCCGCCGCUAACGUCCACUACACGCUGCUGAUCGCCUGUGUGCUGGUGGCCUUCUUCCUGGGCGCCAUCUUGUCGGGUUUCCUGGUGUCGUGCUACUGCGGCCGCAGCGCCGCCCAGCGGGCGCGGAGGCUGGGGAAGGACCCCGAGGUCUCGCUGCCGCACGCCUUGUCGCUGCGAUCCCUCGCCAAGCUCAACGGACUGCUGGACGGUCAGCCAAAGGAGGACAAACUGGACAUGUCCACCCCGAAGAUGUACAGCUCCUUCAUCCCCAACGGGGGCGGCGAGCCGCACCUGCACACGCCCCGACACCCAGGCCUGCUGGGAGACCCCGACCUCAGCCUGUCCCAGUCUCUGUCUCAGGCCGAUGGCGAGCUGUCCGGUCUAACCUCCGUUCAGUCUCUGUCUCAGGCCGAUGGCGAGCUGUCCGGUCUGCCCACGCCAGACUCCACGCCGGAGCUCCCCAUCAAGAGCAUGAAGGCGCUGCGCCACCAUCAGUACGAGAAGAACCACAACGACAACAACGCCGCGGACGCCAUCCCGCCCCGCGGCGGCCCCAGCUGCUCCGCGUCCAGCCUGGGCUUCAUCGUGACCCAGCCGCCGGCGUUUCCCUUCCCGCGUCACCACGGCAACAGUCUGAGCAACGGCACGGCGCACGGAGCGGGCGCUUCUUCCACUUCGCUGCACCUCCCGGAGGAGAGGAAGGUGUGCGAUGAGCGUGCGGCCGGCGUUGGGGGCGGGGGGGGCCCGCCCCAUCACCACCACUCCCAGCAGUCCCUCCCGCAGGCGGUCGUGGACGUGUCGGCGCUGGACGAGCUGCUCAAACACAUCCACGAGGUCAGCGCGUCAGGCACAGGCGGCAUCAAAGUCCUCACCUCCACGUCCUCGUCCUCCCUGUUCCCCGGGCCGACCGCCGCGGGACAUCACCAUAGCAACCACCACCACCAACACCACCACCACCAUCACACGCCGCACGGACAGACGCGCACCCACCACUACAACCACAGCCAUCACCACAGCAACCACCACAACAACAACAGCAGCAGCAGCAGCAGCAGCGUUCAGCCGCAGCAGAUCCCCGAGACGGAGUCGGCGCCGUAUUACAGCACGUCCACGCUGCCGAGGGACGGCGUCCCCAAGCGCCUGGACACCCCCGCCCAGUCCUCCGGCAACGCUUCCUCCUCCACGCCGCUCCAGCAACAGACGAUCCCGGAGGCGCCGGGGGGAAGAGACGCCUCCGUGACUCGCCACCUGUCGCAGCGCCACUCGCUCAUCAAAAUGGGCAGCGGGGGCGGGGGUGGGGGCGGAGGCGGGGGUGGGGCCGUCCCACGCCACCACAGCUUCAACCAGCGGGGCGCGGUGCAGCACGCGCACUUCCUGGCCCGGAUGAACACCAACAGCAGCAGCAACGGGCCGCCGGGCGCCACCGCUAACGCUAACGGCACGAGGCAGCGGGCGUCUGUCGCCUCCGCUGCUUGCCUGACGCGGCAGCACAGCUACAGCGAAGGGCCGCACGCGCAGCGGGUCGGCGCCGUCGUCCGCAGAUCGGUGUCUCUCAAACCCCAAGUCCCGCCAAAGCCGCUGUUCCUCCCGAACGCGGCGGCUUCGACGUCGCCGGUAGCAGAGGCGGGGAAGUACAAAUACUGAAACUGUAGUGAGAAGUGCCACAGUCAGAUGUCGUUGUGCAUGUUCGGACACAAAUGUACGCAGAACGGACAAAACGAGUAGCCCGACGUGGUCAUACUCAUACUCAUACUGGGCUGUGGUGUGGGGCGUGUUUCAACCGAACCAGGAACCAAGAAAAUGCCUCUGCACUCAAUUGGAUAGACCUCCAACCAAUCAGAGCAACCGAGACAGACGCCACAGAAGCUGUAAGUCAAAGGCAGGCUCCGACAGAGCAAAAGGCAGAGGAAAGUCAGUUUCCAUGUCGUGUGUGGCAGUAUGUUCUCUGUUCCUCUUUUUAAAAUGAUCGCGCUGUCGAUUUAUCUUCUAUAACAGACGACGCCAUGGCGGGAUCUACACAUCUCAGUUCUCCCGCGGCGGCCAAGUCCAGACCGAACUUUCCCCGACCUCAAAUGUUGUUGGCGGGGAUAAGUUCGGCUGGCGUCCAGGCUACAAAACCAGUGCGUCGAUUAGAGACGAAAAGACACAGAAGAGACUUCCGAGCCUUUUCGUUCAGCUGCAAUCGCUCCUCGUUACGAGCCCUCUUCAGUUGUGGGUAUUUCCCCGCUUGGCGAGGAGGAAGCCGCUGUCCCCCCUCGGUGCCUCUCUGAGUCACAACUGCUGCUUUCGCUCGCAGAGCAGAGCCGACAGAAAGGAGCCGCAGAGACACUCCAGAUAUGGACC